AUAUAUAUAGGUUUGUGAAUCAAACUUUAAUAGGACUAUCAGUCACUAUCGUCUCUAUUUGGCUUUCUUGAGCAAAUAUCUAAAUUGACAAGAUGAACUAGAUACAAAUGUAACCAAAGCUAGAUUUAGAUUUAAUCAGCAAGGAGUGUUGGAUGGCUAUGGAGGAUGGCUAUAGCUCCUCUAUGGAGGAGAUUAAAAUUCUAUUUCCCAGACUGGGCAAGAUUGUAUAAAUGUGACAAUGCAAAUUGAAAGUCUAAGAAUUAGCAAAGAUCUCUGUCUCUAGUCUAAUUCUAGAUGAUAGAUCUAGAUCUACUAAUAGCAUCGUACAUCUUUCUGGCUUGGGAAACUAUUCGACUAUUGGGAUAGCACGACCACUAUGAGCGACACCAAAGAUUUCCCUCAUAAGAAAAUUUCCCGGGGAAUCGUUCAUUCGUUUGAACAUUUCUGGAAAGAUCAUGAGCAUGGAGACUUUCAGGUCAUCAUCGACGGAGAAUGUAUACGAUGCCAUUCCUUCUUGCUCGCCUCUUGCUCUGAGUUCUUCAGGUGCUUGCUUAGAUCGAACAUGAGAGAGAAACUCGAAAUGAAAGUUGACUUACAGAACAUUCCCUUGAACAUUUUUCAGCUGAUUCUCAAAACUCUAUACACCGGAUGUGAGCUGUUGACUAAAGACAAUGUCUUGGAAGUUUGGGCCGCAGUUCACCAGCUUCAAUUCGAUUUCUUAAUUCAGCAUUGUGAAGAUUUUGUUUCGAAAAAUAUUUCUCCGGACACUUUGAAGACAUACACAAAACAUGCAAAAUUCCUUCAGUCGAAAAAGGUUUCUCAAAAUAUUGAUAAAUAUUUACUUGAGAAUUUCAUGACCAUACGUAAUGAGGAAACAUUUCUACAAUUAGAUGUCAAAGAAUUGUCUAAACUUAUUGAAAGUGACCAACUUAUUGUGUCUUCUGAAGAUGAAGUCUUGUAUUCAGUCUAUGAUUGGGUCAGUUAUGGAGACGUGACAACUGCAAUAGAUGAGGGAACCGAUAAAAGUUUAACAGCAAACAACUUAUUGACUGAUGCAAUUGAAAACGAUGCUAAUGCCAACUCUAAAUUUAUCUCUACUGUUAAUGACGAUGAUUCCAAAAAAGAAACAGCUUCACCAUUUUCAAACCAAACUGAAUCGUGUGGAAGAACUGUACAUUUACUGCAGCUUCUGAAAGCGACACGGUACUGUCUCAUUUCAGAAGGCUGCCUCAAGAAUCUCUUUUGGAAUGCAUUAACACAGAGUAACACGGAGGUGAAGACUAUUUUGUAUGAAGCGUCGAUGUUUAAGGUUUUGGGCAAUAUGAAUAGAUUCUGGCCAACUGCAGCCAUUCACCGCGACUGUAGUACUCUUGAACACGUUGGUAUAGUCGGUGGAUUCACACUUGAAGCUUUUUCUUUCAAGAGAAAUAAAUGGCUGUAUGUUCCAGACUGCGGCUUUAGUGCGAAUGUUAAAUUGACAACCUUAAAGGAUCAUCUUUACGCCUGUUGCAGCGACAGGGACGGAGCGGAGGUUUUUCAUUUUUUGAACAAUGAAUGGGACAUCGUUACUUUUUCAAAUACUGAAGUGCAUCUGUUUCUUACACAUGAUACGUGCCUCUACAUGUUCAGCUCAGGAAAGAAAACUGUAGAAAUAUUUCAACCUCAAGACCCAGGGGGAACAACUCAACAGGUUCAUCACUCUGUGCCAAACGUCAAGUACGCUAUGAGCUUUAAUAACAGUAUUCUUGUCUUCGAGGCCGUGGGGAAAGGCGACACCUCAAAAGCAAGGGUUCACUGCUGGCACGUAGACAAGAACUGCUGGAAACGUUUAGCAGAGCUGGAUUUCUCCGCUGAACAUAUGACAAGCUUCUGUGACGAGCAGGACUCGUACAUCCUCAACACAUCUGGACAUCUUUAUCGAAUAGAGCACUCUGAAACAAUUCAGUUUACAUUCAUCAAAAAAAUCUGGGACUUUCAGGUGGAGCUCAAGGGCGCUGUACUUUUCAAAACAUCACUUUAUGUUUGUGGCACUUGCCCAGGGCGUGGCACGUAUAUACCAGAAGUUGAGAGCAUCUACUCUUCGUUGAAAUUCCUUGAUUUGAUAGCUCCAAAAUCUAAUUUUAUUCCUUUUCUUAUUCCCAAAACAAUUUUAAAAUAAAUAUGCUGGAAAUAAUUUUAAGCAAAAAAAAAAAAUGUGAAUAAUUUUUGACAGAUCUGAAAUGUAAACAAUGAAUCCACUAAUUCCUUUCUUAUAUAUUACAGACGUUACUUUAAAAAAAAUAUAAUAAGAUAAUUACGUCAUACGUGUCAAUCUUGUCUGAUUGAAAGAAUCUGGACUAUGCUGUUGUCUAUAUACACAAAUAUAAACAUGGUACAGACAAAGUCCGGUAUUCUCUAGAAUGGCUGACACUUUCAUACAUUCUUUACAAUGUUACUUUCCUAUAUAAAAUCUUGAUGAUGAACAUUUUUACUCUAAAAUCAGAAUUUGUUUCGUUCCAGCUAUUAAGUCUUACUUUUUAAGAGUUGGUUGUAAAAUACAUUUGACAAGAAAGAAAUUAGGAAAUAGUUAACAAUUAUUUUUUGAUGAUUUUAAAGUUUAUAUGAUUUAGAUUCAAUUUUAAAGAAAGUUUAUAAUUUUAAAGCUAUACUUUUUAUUCUUUUUAUAUAAAA